AACACAUCACAAAGAUGACUUCCAACUACCAGCCAGAUUUUGAAAUUAAAAGAUGGCAACUGGGUGCACACACUGAAACUACAAGAGAGUCAGAGACAUGGCUGGUUGUUAGUGUUUACUUGGUGUAGAGUAUAAAUCCGCCUGCUAAGAAUGCCAACCAUGCCACAUUCAACGAAGAGGGCACAUCAUGGACCUACUAUGUCUUGCAGGUGUGGGCGGAGAGCAGACUGCAGUGUUGGAUUUCAGUACAUCCCCUUUUCUAGUCUCACUAACUGCAGUCCAGCCCAGCCACAGUCCAGAGUCGCUUUGCAUGUGAGGGUGUCUGUGUGUGUUUGUGUGUGCGCUUUAGUUGUAGCCUCAAGCUUUCCUGGCUGACUAUUAAUGUAGCCGCCAUCAAUGAAGAGACACAAUACAACACAUCAGUGGGGAACUUCCAUAGAUUGUCCACACCUUUCUCAAAGGUCAUUGACCUCUGUUGAGAGGCUGAUCCAGUUUGAUUUCUAUUUUUCAAUGACGGCACAUUUUCAUGACCCAUGUGAGUGUUUUUAUCAACUGAGGAGAUGGCCAAGGUAAAUAGACUCUAUAUAGGAGCUUUAACAGUGCUGGCCUUAUGCAAAUACUGCCUGGCAGAAUGGAAUUCCACCGACAAGUCUGCCAAUCGAACUGUGUCCCAGUGUCAUCUCCAUGGCGACAGAGACAAUUGCACAGACACAGAAGAAACAGGACAGUGGAAUGGCCACUUCUCAGAAUGUCCUGAGGAUCUGACAUAUUACUGCGUUCAUGGAGAAUGUCGUUACAUUAAGGAGCAGGAGACACCAUCCUGCAGGUGUCAGAGUGGUUACACUGGUUCCAGGUGUGAAUAUGUGGACCUGGACUGGCUGAUAGGAGAGAGACGACAAAUCAUAAUAGCCUGCGUCAUUGCUGGGCUUGUUUUCCUUGUGAUUGUCAUUGUUUUCAUCUGCAUCUGUUCAAAUCGCAGGUGCAGACGGUUUUGGCAGAGAAGAACACGAAGGGAAGAACCAAGGAAUGGGACAGAAAAACUCAGUAUGAUGGUCACCAGUGGGACGCACACACCCUUAACCGCAGACUUAAAUGAAACAACACAUACCAACUCUGUAUGAGAUCUUUCUGGGAGCAAAUGAGCACUUACAAGUCUGGGAAUUAUUUAUACACGUGUCUCAGUGACAGCAGGGAGCUACAGGAUGUCCCUGUGCAGCAUCGAGGCCUUAGAGCAAAAACACUUCAAGAUAAAAUGUACCUUGUCGCAGGAGUUAGAACCUUUCCUUUUAAAGAGUGGCUGUGUUUGAGACUUCAAAGAAGCCUCUGAAUGAACAAGAUCCUCUCGUGGAUUUAAGAACAAGAAUUGGGCCGGAGCACCCAGCUGCUUGUGUUCUGGCAAGGAGACUUAAUUCAAAUGCUGCAGAGCAACAGGCCUUUCACUGAGUGGUACUGAGUGAACAACACUACAUAAAUUGUUGCUAUGUUGGAAAAAGCUGGGACACCAGCUGGCAGCCAGUGAUAACAGCCGUUGGUUGGUUGGUUGGUCUGCUAAUGGCUUGUGUGGGAGACACAUUUACUCUGUCAAAUGUGAAGAAAGGGACUGUCUGAAGACGCUGCACUCCACGUUCACUUUAGGGAACUGAAGUCACCAACAUGGAUCAUUGAAUGUAUAGAAAUAUGCAAUCUUACAAAUACCAGCAGCUGCUGUUUAGUAUGCCUAUCCUUUUAGAUUGUUUCUAUUUUGUUUACUGCUGGUAUUUACUUAAGUGUCAGUUUACUCUCUGGGUAAUAAUCCACAGUUAUCACUUCUUCACUCCAGAGCCACAUCUCCAAUUUAGCUGACACAGAAAAUUGUUACUCAUGUACUUUAGCAAUGCAAGUGGUGCCCCACGUAAACGAAAGGUUGCAGGGUUGGAGGGAAACAAGGAGAACUUGUGCUGGAGGCUUUUUUGAUCUGUAUAUUUGGAGCUGAGCAGCCACAGCUUCAGAACAGCUGAAGCUGUGUGCACAGGCUGAAAGUGCUCCACUGUAUAAAACAGUUUCCAAACAACCAAACAUUUACUGUGAUUUAAUGUAUGUCUCUAUUCGUAUGAACUCAGAGUCAGUUAAUUCAGCUCCUGCUGUUUUUUUUAUCACCUUUUUCAAUAAAUAUGGCUUUUUUUUCUUUUCUUUUUUUUUUGUUGUUCUGUGCAUUUUCAUAAUUUCAGUUAUUUGUAUCUAUUUAUGGAGGCUAGGUUUUCUGCACUGUGUUUUGUGUUUUAGCAGGAUUUAGCAAAGAAGUCUUGAAGAAUCUUCAUGAAAGAAACUACAUACAUUUUGGUGUCAUAAGCACUUUAGUGUGAUUAGUAGCACAAAAGGUUGGAGAUCUAACUUUUCAACUUCUUCUCUGAUUGUUGCCAAUUAGGUUUUGUUGGAUUCCUUGAAUUACCCAAUUCACAGUUAUGAUGUCAAUUGUAAUGUUAUUUACCAAUUACAAACUUGCUCCAUUGACUUUGAAGUAUGAAACUUUGCAAAAAGUAAAAUUAUAUUUGACAUUAUGACCAUUAAAGUUUUUACUUUACACUUAAAAUUUGUCUGGCAGGUCAUGCCAUCACUUAUUGUGUCAGGAAUAGCUUCUAACUCUUGAUAUCUGAAUGCACCACUAGUUCACACCAGAAAAAGCUUCCAAUUUAAUUAAUAAGAUCUGCUGCUUCUCAUUGUGCUGUACUGCUGCUGGCUCCUUUGCAUCAGACUAUAAUGUACUGGUUACCUUUGGGAAUUUCUCUCACCAACAAAGUACUGAAAGCUUUCAUGAAGAAAACCCCCACACUUCACUGAAGAAAGUAACCCACCUCUUUAUGUAGAGUUUGUAACUCACGAAGCAGAACUUGCUCAAAUAUAACAGUGGCCAGGGUGUCAUAGGACACAGAGCACAGAACACUUUACAUAUGGUGUUUCAAAGAAGCUAAUGGCCUUAAGAAAAAUUCAACAGGUUUUUCAGCAGUUUGAGAAUAAGAAAGUGUUUUCUUGGAAUCACUAGUCAACAUGCCCUUACUUUGCAACCAACCAGUGAGUUCACAGAACCACUGCUGACUGGGAACCCCACAGAUUAAUGUCUCAGAUUUCCUGAAAGCUCCAUGCCCUACAGUGUCCCUUGAUCUAGGUGGGCUGAAAUUAUCACUUGAACAUCUGCAAUACAGACUCUGUGUAGAAUGAAAACAAAUAAGACUUUGAGGUUAAUGUUAUUAAAAUUUAUAGUAUUACUGUGCUGCUGUGGUGCAGUUUCACCAGCUUGAGAACAUGUAUGUCAACAAAUAUGACUAUGACCAUAAUACAUUACAGUCCUCUGACAUAUGGGACUCUAUCCUGCCUGCAGUAAAGCCUUAUUUAGUGUCUGAAUCCUUGAUUCUAAUAUCACUUUAAUCAUCACCCAUUGUUUGUCUUUGCCCUCCAGUGUUGUGCCAUUAAACCCUUCUUAACAGAUUUAUUCAAGUCAAAAUCCAUUGUUUUCUCAACUUUUGUGUUUUUGACAAUUUGGUCAGACUUGUCAAGAGGUCCAAAAUGCACAUUUACACAAAUAAAAAAUAAUCCAAUUAACAUAUCUACCACAUGCUCUGUUCACACUGAAAGCUUUCAGAUAUUUGAUCUUAUUUCAGGUGGCUUGUAUGACCAGCUGUUUUCAGCUGAGUGACAACUCCAGUUUCUAUAUGAGUGGGUGUGUUUGCAGGAAAUUAAACUGAUAAGAAAGACAGAUACCAGCCAAAUGGCUGUAGAACAGCAAUGGAAAACCAGAGCAUCUGCAGUAGUUCAAUUUUCAAUCAUGUUAAACUGAUAUGCAGUAUACUUGCCUCUGGUAGACCUUAGAGUUCAGCUGAAAUGUGAUUGCGGAGCAAGCUAAAUGCACUUUUCACCCUUACUGCAAACAGCUCCAUCUGUUCUCCUCUGGUAUGCUGGUGCCUCUAACAGCUGUGUGGGGACUACAACAGUUGGGAGAUAUUGCAGUGCAUGGAGGGCUGAAAGCUGCAGAUCAUCACUGGAAGUAAAGAUCGUGUUUGCCAAAAACAAAA